AUGAAAUUUGCAGAUCAUCUAAGAGAGUCGGCGAUCCCAGAAUGGAGAGAUAAGUACAUAGACUACAAACUUGGGAAGAAGAAACUCAAAUACGAGUAUGAGAGUGUGUCCAGAGACCCGUUGAAAGUGGUCGUCACCGCUGCAAGUGGAGACUCUGCUGUGGAUGUGGAGAGGGUUGGUGGGCCCGUGGAUACAGAGUACGGUCCACAGGUUCAUGAUGAACCGAGUGACCCGCAGCUUACGGAUUUCCAAAGAAAGGCAAUCAAAGAUUUUAUAGAGAACUGGGUGAUAGGUGUCGAGUUGGUGAAAUGUAACGAGUUCUACCAGUGGUUACUGGAUGACUGUAGACAAAAAUUCACCGUGUUGCAGAAACAGAUCCAGAUCUACCAUAUUCAACAACAAAAUUACCAGAACGAGUUCAUGGAGGGGGAAAACGAUGGAAUGAUUGCCAAUAGUCACGCAACCAGUACCACUAGUUUGGACCUCAGUUCAGAGCAACACGUUAACCCAUACGGUACAAUAGGCGAAGAUAGUGUGAGAAGUAGAAGAGACACAGCAUGGACUCGGUUCAAAGAGUUGCUCGAUGACAAUAAAUUGUUACCGUCUUGGCCCAAAAAUUCGACCAAGUUAAAGGAUCUGAUCUUGAAGCUGCAGGGGGAACACGGCGAACAGAUAUCAAACACCGUGAAGGACACUUUUGCCUACAAUAAUCUCAAUACAGUCUCAGAAAUGACCAUUAAGCAGGCUCAACAUUUGUUAAGUGACGCCAUCUUGGAAUACUACCUGUUUUUGCAGAUGGUAAAGACAUACAGAGAUCUGAACGUUACUGGAUUCAGAAAGAUGGUCAAAAAAUUCGACAAGACAUUACACACUCAGGAAUUGUCCAAGUUUAUGGAUUUCGGAAGAAGGAACUAUGCUUUGUUUAAACACGUAUACGCAAACAUCCAGUUGAUGGCUAAACAAAUGAAGCAGACCGCUUCAAAUCAACCUUCGACGGAUUUGGUCGCAUCCAAUCCAAAGGAUGACCCGCUUCUCUGGUGGGAAAACAACGUUCGGACUUGGUUCACUAAGGACUUGACUAACUCUCCAGAUGACUUUAAAAAGAACGCGAAAACUUUGAAGAAACUUCUUGUGGAGUAUACCGUCACUGAACAAAUGAUUCACAGAAACAACAGAUCUAUUAUCCAAAUGGCAGUGGCUGGCUUUUUCUUUGGUAUUGCCCUCACAAUCAUGGUGUACACCCUUGGGGUAUCGUUUGUGUCAGAUUUACAGUCCCACAUUCACAAGAUCUUAUUCCCAAUGUGGGGCGGGUGGUACAUGGUCCUGCUGAUGCUGUUUCUUUUACAAAUUGACUGUUUGGUUUGGCAUCGGACCAAGAUCAACUACAGGUUCAUCAUGUUUGGUGAGGUGCAAGCUAGAAACGGUACAAAAUUAUUUAACAACGAUUUCGCAACUUCGGGCAUCCCGCUUCAAUUGUAUGCCUUGAUGUUCUUCGUUUUGUUUAGCGGGAUUUGUGCAGGGCUCAGCUUUAAAAUGGGGCAUUUGACACCAUGGUCCUUCAUUUGUAUAGGAGGCUGCAUUCUGUUGUUCAUUAUGCCCCGGGAUUAUAUCCCUUACUGGGAUAAGAUUGUUUCCACAAGGAAAUGGCUCAUCAUAAGAGCCAUCCGGCUAGUGAUGGCCCCCUUUUCCCCGUCGGAAUUUGGUGAUUUCUUUCUAGGUGAUAUCAUCUGUUCGCUGACUUACUCUAUGGGGGAUAUUGCCACAUUCUUCUGUAUUUAUACGACAGAUGAUGAAACAAUGUGUGGAUCUUCCCAUUCUAGGGCAAUGGGUGUCAUGUCGUGCUUACCAAGUUUGUGGAGAUGCCUACAAUGUCUAAGAAGAUACGCUGACUCGGGGGAUUCAUUCCCGCACCUUGCCAACGCUUUCAAAUACACCCUUGGGAUAGGAUACAAUGCCGCAUUGUGUGCCUAUAGAUUGGCAAACCAUUCCAAGUCACGUCGAACCCCCUUUAUUGUAUUUGGCGCGUUCAAUGCGUUCGCUACGUCGAUCUGGGAUUUGGUCAUCGACUGGUCACUAUUUCAACCAUCCAAGAGAAAUUGGUUUUUGAGAAAUGAUCUGUAUCUCGCGGGUAAACGUAAUUGGAGAGACGGAUCAUACUCCUCUAAAAGAAAGCUCGUUUACUAUUUUGCUAUGAUAUGGGAUGUACUUAUUAGAUUCCAAUGGAUCGUUUGGGCAGUUGCUCCAGAAACAAUCCAACAAAGUGCUUACACUUCCUUUAUCUUGGGUUUCGUGGAGGUACUGAGAAGAUUUAUUUGGGUUAUUUUCCGUGUAGAAAACGAACAUGUUGCCAAUGUUCACCUGUUCAAAGUCAGUUCUGAGGCACCAUUGCCCUACCCGAUUAUAAACGAACCAGACGUAGAUAUUGAACUUGAAAGUAGAAAGAAGACAGAUAAGGGCACGUGUGUGAAAACAAGGGAACGGUCGAUCUCAGAUCUCACUCGUUACGGUAUGAAUUUUCCCAGACAUACUUAUCACCCUAUGAUCAGACGGCGGACAAGCGUUUUUGGUUCUCUCUCGAAAUCUGUUCCUUGGGCCCACGCUAAAGAUUUUCAAAGGUCGAUGAUCUUCCCCGCUUCAAAUGAUAAGGACCAAAGAGAAAGCGAUUCAGACUCUGAUGAGAGGUAA